AUGGUUGCUAAGAAAGGACGCAGAGAUUCCUCAGAUUCGUCUCCGGCUGUGGAGGUUGGAGAGAUAGACACAAGCGCUCCUUUUCAAUCAGUGAAAGAUGCAGUCAAUCUCUUCGGUGAAGCUGCCUUCUCAGCUGAGAAACCGCACAUUCGAAAAGCCAGUCCCCAAUCCGCUGAGAAAGUGUUAGUGAAGCAAACAGAGCUUCACUUGGCGGAGAAAGAGUUGAACAAGUUAAAGGAACAGCUCAAGAAAGCUGAAACAAUCAGAGAGAAAGCUUUGAGUGAGCUCGAGUGGGCUAAGAGAACUGUCGAUGAGCUUACUCGUAAGCUUGAAUCGGUUAAUGAGUCGAGAGACUCUGCGAAUAAAGUGACUGAAGCUGCUAAGAGUCAAAUCGCAGGGAGUGUCUCUGUUGUGUCUAGUAGUGAUGCUCACACUCUGGAGAUGGAACAGUAUGGGAUGGUAUGCAAGGAGCUUGAUACGGCGAAGCAGGAGCUGAGAAAGAUCCGUCAGGUUUCGAAUGAGAUCUCGGAAACAAAGAUUGUUGCUUUAACCAAAGUAGAGGAAGCCAAGGAAGUGAGUAAAGUAAACUCUGAGAAGAUUGAACUGCUUAGAAAGGAAAUCUCAGCUGUGAAUGAAUCAGUUGAGCAGACGAAGCUCGCGUGUUCUCAAGCCAGGAAAGAACAGUCUGAGAUAUUUGCGGAGAAGGAGAUCCAGCAGCAGUCUUAUAAAGCUGGCAUGGAAGAAUCCGCCAAGAAGUUGCUAGCUUUGAAGAACGAGUUUGAUCCUGAGUUUGCGAAGAAGCUCGAAGUGCAGUUGACUGAGACGUACAACGAGAUCGAUGAAUUGCAGAAGCAAAUGGAGACUGCGAAAGCAACGGAUGUGGAUUUCGUUAAUGGUGUGAGUUUAGAGUUGAAUGAAGCAAAGGGUUUACUUGAGAAGUUCGUGGAAGAAGAGAAGUCUUUGCAAGAGUCUGUGGAAGCUCUUAGAGCAGAGUUGAAGAGUGUGAAGACGGAGCACAGUGAAGUUGAAGCGAAGGAGGCUGAAAUUGAAUCAGUGGCUGGAGAUCUUCAUCUGAAGCUUGGUAAAAGCAAGAGUGAGCUUGAAGAAUGUGUUGCAGAGGAAUCUAGAGCAAAGGCUGAUUUGGAAGAUAUGAUGUUGACCUUUCAUCAGAUAUCUUCUGAGACAGAAGCUGCAAGACGAGAAGCUGAGGAAAUGAGGAAGAAAGCUGAUGAGUUAAUGAAGGAAGCAGAAAACGCUCAUCUCGCUCUUGAAGACACAGAGCUUAACCUGAGGGUGGCUUUAGAUGAAGCCGAAGAAGCAAAAGCUGCAGAGAUAAAGGCGCUUGAACAGAUAAAGUCCUUGUCUGAGAAGACGGACGCUGCGCGUAAUUCUACAUCGUCUGAGUCUGGAGCUCAGAGCAUCACACUGUCUCAGGAGGAGUUUAAGUCGCUGAGCAAGAGAGCUGAGGUGUUCGAUAAGUUGGCGGAUAUGAAAGUGGCGGCUGCAUUGGCUCAGGUGGAGGCAGUGAGAGCUAGCGAGAACGAGACACUGAAGAAGUUGGAGACAACGCAAGGAGAGAUUGAGAAGCUAAAGAGUGCAACGCAAGAGGCACUGAAGAAAGCAGCUAUGGCUGAUGCUGCUAAGAAAGCGGUUGAAGGAGAGCUCAGGAGGUGGCGUGAAAGAGAUCAGAAGAAAGCAGAGGAAGUGGCGUCGAGGAUUCUUGCUGAAGCUGAGGCGAAGAUGUCAGCUGAAUCAUCACCGCAGCAUCACUACAAAGCUACGAAACAGAAGCCUGUUCACAACAAACUGGAGAAGACGAAGACUUCUGUGGUAUCAAAGAAAGUGCUUUUGCCGAAUCUAAGUGGAAUCUUUAAUAGAAAGAAGAAUCAAGUGGAGUGGGGUUCUCCUUCUUAUCUCCCUGGAGAGAAACCCUUUUGA